CACAGAAACGUGUUUACUAAUAUUAGCUAAAAAAAAAAGGAAAUACUCUCCAAAACGAAGGUGUUUAAAAUAUAGUAAUGUUAUAGGCUGGCGGCUACAGCUUUUGACUAAAGGGGAACAUACACCUUCAGACGAACAAGCUCUUUAUUUCAUGUAAGCGUUUAAGUUUUAACUGCAGAGUAAAGUUGGCUAUGUAGCACUGACUGCGGGCUACUUCUCUCGAUAUUUUAGGAGAUAACUACCAGACUUUAGCCGCGACGGUCAAAGCAAACAUCACCACAAGGAAACACGUUGCUCCGAGGUCAACAUACCGGAAAACUCCCCGGAUGAGCGGACGACGAAGGCCCUGAUCAAACUGCUCGUGUGCUAAACGUGGCUAAAGUUAGCUGACCGCUUUCUUUGAAAAAAAAUCUAUCUAACUAAACAUGUUUGGUUCCUCGAGAUCUGGAGGGGUCAGAGGAGGCCAGGACCAGUUCAACUGGGACGACGUGAAAGUGGACAAACACAGAGAAAAUUAUCUCGGGAACUCUUUGAUGGCACCAGUAGGACGAUGGCAGAAAGGCAAAGAUCUGUCAUGGUAUGCAAGAGACAAGAAAGGUGGCGCACCAUUGACCAAGGAAGAAGAGAUUGCUGCUGUCAAGGCUGCAGAACAUGAGGCAUUGAUGGCUGCUCUUGGGCACAAGAAUAUAAAGAGGCAACCAACUGGCUUGACAAAAGAGGACCUGGCUGAUGUUUGCAGAAGGGAAGAAGCUGAUGGUGAGGAGAGAGAUGUGGAUCGUGUCUCAGGCUUGGGAAGCUCCAGUGUAGGGUCACGGAAAAUGGUGCUCUCCCAAAAGGAAAAGGAGGCUGCUAAAAUGGGCUUGCCAGUUUUCACACACCAUAAGACAGAUGGUCAUCCAAAAACCUCAACAACAACAACAUCUGAGAGUGUAGAAAAAGAGGAGAUGGAACAACGGCGUGAGAGCAAAAAGGAGAAAAAGAAGAAGGAAAAGAAGAGCAAAAAGGAGAAAAAGAAGAAGGAAAAGAAGAAGAAGAGACAAAGGAGAGACUCAUCCUCUGAAUCAGAUGACAACAGAAAGAGGCACAGAAAGGACCACCAUCAUCAUAAUCCAUCAUACCAUAGUCAGAGUGGAGCCAGACCCCAUGACAGCCAUUCAAGGGGGGGAGCAAAGGCAGAGCGACAGCCCUCCUACCCCCAUCAUCGGCAGCAGCGGCACGACACAGACUCUUCUGAUGGGGGGUCUCCUGUCCCCCGUAACCCUGCCAGCCACAAGACGGCCCCUGGUGGUGCCACACAAAGCCACAAGCGGCGCCACGACACAGACUCGGACGACUAAUGUCCUCCCCACCCCCUCAUUCAAAGGCGCAUUAUGCGGACAUAGCACUCUACAGCAGCUUGACUGGCCCUGAAGACCUCAUUUACCCUGGACAGCCAAAUGAAUUGUAGAUGGAUGCAGGUCCGUGUGUCUCACCAACAGGUUUUGACCACAUGUUUGAACUUUUUCACCCACAAUGAGUUGUCUUUUGUGUAAUUUUUUGUUAUGUUUGACAACGAGGUAGUUUUCAACGCAUUCUAUGUGAUUAAACCACCAAAUAUCACUUUUCUG